AUGUCAAGACUCAUUGUUAAAAACCUCCCUAAUGGGAUGAAGGAGGAGAGGUUCAGGUCGAUGUUUGCAGACUUCGGCACAGUGACAGACUGCUCUCUGAAGUUCACCAAAGAUGGAAAAUUCAGAAAGUUUGGCUUUGUUGGCUUCAAAUCCGAGGAGGAUGCGAGUAAAGCGCUGAAACAUUUCAACAAGAGCUUUGUCGACACAUCCAGAGUGACGGUGGAGAUGUGUAAAGCGUUUGGAGAUCCCACUAAAGGAAAAGCCUGGAGUAAACACUCCCAGAGAGCAGAACCGGACAAAACAUCAGCUGCUGCCCCUAAAGAGAAAAGGACGAACAAGACAAGACUAAAGGAAACCAACAGCGUACUGGAAAAUUUGGAGGAUGAAGAUGGAUUCAGUGAGUUUCUGUCAGUGCAUCAGAACCGCACUCAGGCCCAGACCUGGACAAACGACAUGGCUCAGGAUCAAGCUAAGCCUAAGAGCUCAAAGAAAGAGAAGAAGAAGAAGCCAACGUCUGAUGAUUACCUCAACUUUGAUUCAGAAGAUUCAGAGGAUGAACAGGAGGAAGAGCACGAUGGAGAUGAAGCUGCCUCUAAAGAAGCCCUGAAGUCUGGCCUCACAGACAUGGACUACCUGCGCUCCAAGGUGGCACAAACUAUGGAGGAUAGUGAGGAAGAGAAUGAAGCCAGUGAAGAGGAGGAUGAUGGUCCCGUUCCACAUGGAGACAGUGCCUAUGAGAGCGGUGAACGAGAAAACAUCUCAAAAUUGAAACCUUUGUCAGGGAACAAGAAACAAGAGACGGAGCCGGCGUCAGAGUUCACAGUAAAGCUAAGAGGAGUUCCAUUUAAUGUAAAAGAGCAACAAAUCCGAGAGUUCAUGACUCCACUGAAGCCUGCAGCUAUCAGAAUCGGCAGGAAUGAAAGCGGAAACAGAACGGGUUAUGUGUAUGUGGACCUGCACUCUGAGGGGGAGGUGGAGAAGGCUCUAAAGAAGAAUAAAGACUACAUCGGUGGUCGUUACAUCGAAGUUUUCCGUGUUGAUCCUUCGGCAGCAAAAAGCAAGAGAAACAAAAACGACAAAGAAAUUGACAGAAGCUUCAGCAGGAAGCUGAAGGAAGAUGAGGAGGAAGAGGAUGUUUCAGACUCUGGUCGACUCUUCAUCAGAAACCUUCCUUACACGUGUACAGAAGAAGAGCUCAAGGAACUUUUCACUAAACACGGUCCUUUAUCUGAGAUCCUCUUUCCUAUCGACAACCUGACCAAAAAACCUAAAGGAUUUGCUUUUAUUACCUACAUGAUACCAGAAAAUGCUGUUGUAGCUCUUGCAAAGUUGGACGGACAUAUAUUUCAGGGUAGAAUGCUUCAUGUUCUUCCCUCUACGGUGAAGAAAGAAAAAUCUGAGUCUUCAGAAUCUGGUGGUCCUGGCUCAUCUACAUAUAAACGACAAAAAGAUGCUAAGAAUAAAGCUACAAGCUCAAGCUCACACAACUGGAACACUUUGUUUUUGGGUACUAGUGCAGUGGCCGACGCCAUUGCUGAGAAAUAUAAUGCCACAAAAAGCCAAGUCUUGGACCAUGAGUCAAAGGGAAGCGUUGCCGUGAGGAUGGCUCUAGGAGAAACUCAGAUUGUCCAGGAAACUCGACAGUUUCUGCUAGACAACAGUGUUUGUCUAGACUCUUUUAGUCAAGCAGCUGCAGCGAGGAGUAACACUGUGAUCCUGGUAAAAAAUCUCCCCGCUGGUGUUACAACAGCAGAGCUUGAGGAACUUUUCUCGCCUCACGGCUCUUUGGGUCGAGUUCUGCUGCCGCCUUCAGGACUCACAGCCAUCAUCGAGUUCCUGGAGCCGACCAAAGCCAAGCGAGCCUUUACAAGGCUGGCUUACAGCAAGUUCCAUCAUGUCCCUCUGUAUUUGGAGUGGGCCCCUGUAGGGGUGUUCACAGCAGCCAAACAAGAAAUGGACAAAAAGGAGACAGCAGUUGAAGAGAACAAGAAAGAGGAGGAUGAUCAAGAAGAUGAGGAGGAAGAAGAAGCUCAGCCAGGAUCUACACUUUUCAUUAAGAAUCUAAAUUUCAGCACAACAGAAGAAAAACUACAAAAUAUCUUCUCCAAAUGUGGAAAGGUCAUGUCUUGCAGCAUUUCAAAGAAGAAAGAUAAGUCAGGUAAACUAAUGUCUAUGGGUUACGGUUUUGUCCAAUAUCAGACAGCAGAGUCAGCACAAAAGGCUCUGAGGCAACUGCAGCACUGUAUGUUAGAUGAUCACCAGUUGGAGGUGAAGAUUUCCGAAAGAGGCACAAGGUCUGCUGAGGUGUCUCACAAGAAGAAGCAAGCUGAGAAGAAGCAGACAGGCUCAAAGAUCCUUGUGCGCAACAUUCCCUUCCAAGCAAAUGUCAAGGAAGUCCGAGAGCUCUUUUGUACAUUCGGGGAGCUGAAGACUGUCCGCCUUCCAAAGAAAGCAGCAGGUUCAGGGAACCAUCGGGGGUUUGCUUUUGUUGAUUUCCUCACCAAACAGGAUGCUAAGAAAGCGUUUGCUGCACUCUGCCACAGCACCCAUCUGUACGGCAGACGUCUUGUGCUGGAAUGGGCCGAGGCAGAGGAUACAGUCGAGACACUGAGACGGAAAACAGCUGAACAUUUUCAUGGUGAUUUACCAAAGAAAAGGCGAAAGGCAGAAGUUAUGGAAGGAAUUCUUCAGACAAUGGAAACCGAUGGCGGUGAUGAGGACUGAAUUAGACCUAAUCCUGAACAGAGGAGUACGAACUGAACAAUGAGCAGUACUGAUUAGGAUGCAUUGAGAAAAUACUGAAACUUAUGUACUGUAUGUAUUAAGUUUGUGUAUUAAUGUCAUUUUACAUAAUCUCUACAUGUUUAUUUUUAUCUUUUGUUGAAUACGUACC